UUCUUCCUCCCUUCCCCUCGGGCCAAGGGCCAUCUCACCCCCACCACCGCGAUGGCCUCCUUCCCCUCCCCUCCGCUCGCCGCGGCGGCGGCCGCAGCGCCGCCCCGCCUCGCCCCGGGCCUCCCCCUGGCCGCCGCCGCCGUGCGCAGGCCCUCCUCCCUCGCGCGCCGGUCCUCCAUCGCCCUCGCCGCCCCGGCCAACCCCCUCCGCUGCAUCCACCGCCGCGCCGUGUCGCCCAGGUUGAGGAGGCGGACGGAAGCUGUCGGCGCGGCCUCGGCGGCGAUUGGGAGCCUCGGCGAGGAGAGGGAAGGGUGCCUCUCGUGCUUCCCCAGGGGCCGGAGGCGGGGGAGGCCGGGGCUCGCGAGGUUCGCGCCGUGCGCGCUCCCGCACACCUAUGGGCUAUCGUCGCUCCACAGCGGGUUGACUGGCGCUAAGAUCAGGCGUCGCCAUGUAUUACAUGCUGCUGGACCUGAUGAACCACAUGUUGCAAGUCCAACUUGGUCUGAAACUGCUCUGGAUAAACAUUAUGUAGAUCAGCCAAUUGGGAAGGAGGAACUUGAAGGUUUUCUUAACACACCGCUUCCUUCUCAUCCAAAGCUAGUCCGAGGACAAUUGAAGAAUGGCCUCCGAUAUCUUAUUCUACCAAACAAAGUUCCAGCAAACAGGUUUGAGGCUCACAUGGAAGUUCAUGUUGGAUCAAUUGAUGAGGAAGAAGAUGAGCAGGGAAUUGCACAUAUGAUUGAGCAUGUUGCAUUUCUUGGCAGUAAAAAGCGUGAAAAACUUUUGGGGACAGGUGCAAGGUCUAAUGCAUAUACAGAUUUCCACCAUACCGUGUUCCAUAUACAUUCUCCAACUAAAACAAAGGAAUAUGGUGAAGACUUGCUCCCUUCUGUGUUGGAUGCAUUGAAUGAGAUAGCUUUUCAUCCAAAAUUUUCUUCUUCUCGUGUUGAGAAAGAGAGAAGAGCAAUUCUUUCAGAGCUCCAGAUGAUGAACACAAUCGAGUAUCGUGUUGAUUGUCAGUUAUUGCAACAUUUGCACUCAGAAAACAAACUGAGCGAAAGAUUCCCUAUUGGACUUGAAGAGCAGAUACAUAAAUGGGAUCCUGAUAAGAUCCGCAGAUUUCAUGAGCGUUGGUAUUACCCUGCUAAUGCUACUUUAUAUCUGGUAGGAGAGAUCGAUGAUAUUCCCAGAGCAAUACGAGAAAUAGAGGCUGUGUUUGAACAUACACUUCCAGAAGGUGAAGCAGCCCCUAUGUCAACUGCAAGUCCAUUUGGUGCUAUGGCAAGCCUUUUUGCACCAAAGCUACCUGGUGGCUUGGCUGCAAGCCUAACUGGUGAAAGAUCACCUGCUGCGGAUAAAAUAAAGCCUGUGAAAAGGGAAAGACAGGCAAUUAGGCCACCUGUAGAACAUAAGUGGUCUCUUCCUGGAGUUGCCCAGGAUGCCAAGCCUCCAGCAAUUUUUCAACAUGAAUUGAUCCAGAGUUUCUCAAUCAACAUGUUCUGUAAGAUACCUGUUAACCAAGUUCAGACAUAUAAAGACCUGCGAAGUGUCCUGAUGAAGCGGAUAUUUUUAUCUGCUCUGCAUUUUCGAAUCAAUACAAGAUAUAAGAGCUCAAAUCCUCCUUUUACAUCCGUCGAGCUGGAUCAUAGUGACUCUGGAAGGGAAGGUUGCACUGUCACUACUCUUACAGUAACAGCUGAACCCCAGAAUUGGAGGAGUGCCAUCAAAGUUGCCGUUCAUGAGGUUAGGAGACUCAAAGAGUUUGGUGUCACAAUGGGGGAAAUGACCCGCUACAUGGAUGCACUGAUAAAAGAUAGCGAGCAACUGGCUAUGAUGAUUGAUAGUGUUCCCUCAGUUGACAACUUGGACUUCAUUAUGGAGAGUGAUGCACUUCGCCAUACUGUUAUGGAUCAAUUGCAGGGGCAUGAAAGUUUGCUUGCUGUUGCUGAAACCGUCACCCUUGAGGAGGUCAACACUGUUGGUGCAGAAGUUCUGGAAUUUAUUUCAGAUUAUGGAAAGCCUGAUGCACCGCUUCCUGCUGCUAUUGUGGCCUGUGUACCCAAAAAGGUCCACAUGGAUGGAGUAGGUGAAACUGAUUUUGAGAUACAUCCGGAAGAAAUAACUGAUUCCAUCAAGGCGGGUCUUGAGGAACCUAUUUACCCAGAGCCUGAGCUCGAGGUGCCAAAAGAACUGAUUACUCGGUCUGAGCUUGAGGACUUGAAAUUGCAACGCAAACCAUCAUUUGCUUCUCUGAGUAAAGAGGAGAAUGUUGUGAAAAUAUUUGACGAUGAAACUGGUAUAGCACAGCGCCGCCUUUCUAAUGGAAUUUCCAUCAAUUAUAAGAUCACACAAAAUGAGGCAAGGGUUGGUGUUAUGCGACUGAUAGUAGGUGGUGGGAGGGCAACAGAAGAUUCUGAAUCUAAGGGAUCUGUUAUUGUUGGUGUUCGUACUUUGAGUGAAGGUGGCUGUGUUGGCAACUUUUCAAGGGAACAGGUUGAACUUUUCUGUGUGAAUAAUCUCAUAAACUGCUCAUUAGAAUCCAAUGAGGAGUUCAUUUUUAUGGAGUUCAGAUUUGCUUUAAGAGACAAUGGCAUGCGCGCUGCUUUCCAACUCCUCCAUAUGGUCCUUGAGCAUAAUGUGUGGCUAGAAGAUGCAUUUGAUAGAGCAACUCAGCUAUACCUGUCUUACUAUCGCUCCAUUCCCAAAAGUUUGGAGCGCUCUACAGCCCACAAGCUUAUGUUAGCCAUGUUGAACCAUGAUGAAAGGUUUGUAGAGCCAUCACCACAUUCAUUGCAGAAAUUGACUCUCCAAUCAGUCAAAGAUGCUGUUAUGAACCAGUUUGUUGGUGACAACAUGGAGGUCAGUAUUGUUGGUGAUUUCACUGAAGAAGAGGUCGAAUCUUGUGUUCUUGACUAUCUUGGGACUGUGAGUGCUCCAAAAUCUUCAAAAACACAGGAGCAUAUUGAGAAGAUUUCCUUCCUGCCGUUUCCUUCGGACUUGCAUUUUCAGCAAGUAUACAUAAAGGAUACUGAUGAGAGAGCUUGUGCCUACAUUGCUGGCCCUGCACCUAAUCGCUGGGGGUUUGCAACUGAAGGGAAUGAUCUAUUCAAUGUCAUCCGGAGUUCUAGUGGAGAUGCUCAAGUUUCUGAAUCAGCAAACACAGAUCUUACGGAGAGGAAACAUAAUGACGUUCGCAGCCAUUCUCUGUUCUUUGGCAUCACUUUGAGUUUGUUGGCUGAAAUUAUUAAUUCUAGGCUAUUCACAACAGUUCGAGAUUCCAUGGGAUUAACCUACGAUGUUUCUUUUGAACUAAACCUUUUUGACAAAUUGGACCUUGGUUGGUAUGUGAUUGCAGUAACAUCAACCCCGAGCAAGGUUCAUAAAGCUGUUGAUGCAUGCAAAGGUGUUCUCAGAGGAUUACAUAGUAACAAAAUUGUUGAAAGGGAGCUGGACCGGGCAAAGAGGACGUUAUUGAUGAAACAUGAGGCUGAGACAAAGACAAAUGCCUAUUGGCUUGGUUUACUAGCCCAUCUGCAGUCUUCAUCUGUGCCUAGAAAGGAAAUAUCCUGCAUCAAGGAAUUGACGAUGUUGUAUGAAAGUGCCACGAUUGAGGACUUGUAUCUUGCAUAUGAGCACCUAAAAGUUGAUGAAUCUUCUUUGUUUGCUUGCAUUGGGAUUGCUGGUGCUGAAUCUGGCGAAGAGACGACUGAUGAUGAGCUCGAUAUGGGCCUGCAUGGCAUGGGUCCUAUUGGAGGCCGUGGUCUAUCAACAAUGACCAGACCAACCACAUGAUUUCUGCAACUUCCGAUGACUGAACUUUUGUAAAGGGAUCGAGCUAGCUCCUCAAGCUAGGAGUUGUAUGAUCCUGUUCGAGACAAAUGUUGACAGUUGUGCGUUGGCACAUACUGUUUUAGACUCCUCGUGCGUUGAGAUCGGAUCAAAUCGCUAUUUCUUGUGCAUUGCAACCGAAGGCUUGGCUGCCACAAUUCUUUUUGUGAUAUUGCGUUGAUUGAUGGCGAGGUCCUGAAAGGUCAGGCAGCUUCACAUGUAUAGUAAAGAACUAAAAAGGUUCAUCGUUGUUGUAACUAGGAUACAUCAGGUCAUUGAAAAGGUAGGGGCCAGUAGAAUCUCAGAUAAAUUGCUGUGCGACGGCUAUAGCGUAGGGGUCUUAUAACGCAAUAAUGCAAGCCCACAAGUUGUAACAUUCUAGUAUUAUUUUUCUCGAAAAUGUAUAUUUGAGCUAUUUAUAUUUAUUAGGUUUCACAAUUUUGUGAUGAUUCUA